AUGACGGACUCAUCUUACAAGAACAAUUGCCUCACCGAGUCCUACAAUGAACAGGAGUGGAUAGGUGACCGAGUAUUGGGUUUUGAAAUGGCAAAAUUUGUCAGUCUGAACUGUCAAGACACGGUGGACGCAAAGUCGGCCACUUUUGCAACUCUGACGAGUAACGAAUUUUGGGCAGUUCUCACCGUUAGGCAUGGCAUACAUAAACACAUCAAGCUAUGUGAUAACAACCUAACAGCUAAAAUCGAUGCCUUUGCCGAACAACAGACCCGUAAUGGACACCAACACAUGCAUGAGUUUUUUGAGAUAGUGGAGUCGGUGGACGACCCAGAACUGCCUUUCGCCACCUUCACUGAGCCCCCUAAGGAAUUGGCUGACGUCUAGGAAGCCCUUGCCGGGGCUAUAUUCCAAGACUCGGGGUUUUCUAAUGACAUAA